AUGGCCUCCCGCCCUACCGUCACUAUCGCCACGGCUGAUGGCAAGCCCAGCGGGGCUACCCUCACCCUGCCGGCUGUUUUCACCGCGCCCAUCCGUCCUGACAUCGUCCAGCAGGUGCACACCGGUAUGGCCAAGAACAAGAGACAGCCUUAUGCCGUGAGCGAGAAGGCUGGUGAACAGACCUCCGCUGAGUCCUGGGGUACUGGUCGCGCUGUCGCUCGUAUCCCCCGUGUCUCUGGUGGUGGUACUCACCGUGCUGGUCAGGCUGCUUUCGGUAACCAGUGCCGUUCCGGUCGUAUGUUCGCUCCUACCAAGGUCUGGAGAAAGUGGCACUCGAAGGUCAACGUUGGCCAGAGACGUUUCGCUACCGCCUCUGCCCUCGCUGCUUCUUCCGUCCCCUCUCUCCUGUUCGCUCGCGGUCACCGUGUCGCCAACAUCCCCGAGGUUCCCCUGGUCGUUGAGUCCAAGGCUUUCGAGGGUGCCGCCAUCACCAAGACCAAGAAGGCCGUCGCUCUCCUGCAGGCCCUCGGUGCUGGUGACGAGCUCGUCAAGGUCCAGCAGUCCAAGAAGAUGCGUGCCGGUAAGGGUAAGCUGAGGAACCGUCGCUUCCGCCAGCGCCGCGGACCUCUCGUUGUCUACAACCCCGAGGUUGACGGCAAGGAGCUCGUCCGUGCCUUCCGCAACAUCCCCGGUGUUGAGACCUCGCCCGUCUUCUCCCUCAACCUCCUCCAGCUCGCCCCUGGUGGUCACCUCGGUCGCUUCGUCGUCUGGACCUCGUCCGCCUUCGAGGCUCUCGACCAGGUCUACGGCACUACUACCAGCCCCUCGGCCCUCAAGAAGGACUACCUCCUUCCCUCCAACUUGGUUGCCAACGCCGACCUGUCCCGCCUCAUCAACUCUUCUGAAAUCCAGUCCGUUCUCCGUGCUCCCAAGGGUGAGGCCCGCACCAAGCGUGGUGUUGUCCAGAAGAAGAACCCUCUGCGCAACAAGCAGGUCAUGCUCCGUCUCAACCCCUACGCUGCCACCUUCUCCAAGGAGAAGCUCGGCCAGAAGGGUGUUGAGCACGCCAAGCCUGAGCGUGUUAACAAGGCUUUCCUCAACACUCUGCACGAGAACUAA